AUGUAUUCUGUCCAUCAGAUUCAAACUCAAGCGCCGACGUCUCCUCCACCACGCCCGCCGCCGCUUCCCUCCCGCUCCCAGAAUGCAGAUACGAGGAUCUCCAAGCUUGUAUUGAAGAUGAGGAGCGCGCCACCUGGCUGGGCUUACCAGUCGCCAAAUCCACCCCGAUUUAUCGAUUAUUCCGAACCUCGAACUGGUCCAUACUUCUUUUAUGGCACGCUGAUGGACCCCAAAAUGCUUGCGGAGAUUUUGCAGCUAAACCACGAGCCGAUACUACGCCCAGCACAAAUAGUCGGAUACGCAUGCAAACUAUGGGGCCAGUAUCCUGCUAUUGUCGAUGGAGAAAUGGACGCUACUAUUGAUGGUGCUGCGUACGAUGUUGAAAGUGUUGAGCAUGCUAGGAGGCUAGCUGCUUAUGAAACUUCCAACUAUCAAGCAAAACCUUGUAAGAUAAUCCACACGGAUGGGAAACAGCCAGAAACGCAGCAUGGUCGGGUUUUUAUGUUUGCAGGAAAUCCGAGUGACCUAGAGGCUGGUGAGUUUGACUUGUCAGUAUGGCUGAAACGAGUUGGAAGAUAA